UCAUGUUCCAAAAACAAAAAAAUUAGAAAUCACUUAUAUUAGAACUUGAUUAUGAAGUCGAAAGUAAAUCAAUAAAGAGUUCAACAAAAAUGACUGAAUAGAAAAUUAUUUCUAAAUUUGUUGAUUUAUAUGAGGAGGUAAUAAUUUAAAUAAAAGGAUCUCAAAAUCUGGUAUUUCCUAUUUCAAUAUUUUAGUAUUUAAUCAAUAAAAUGGCCAAUUGCAAGAACGGAGAUGUUUUUAAUAUAGAUUUAUUGUUGUCUAAUUUCAAAUACUUAAUUACAUUGUUAAUUUAAGAAUUAGUAUAGUUUAUAUAUAUAUAUUAAGAUUUAAUAUCAGAUGCAAGUGGAUUCUCAAAAUAUUGAACCAAAUAAAUCCAAUUAUCAUGACUUAAAUUAAAUGAAACUUGACCUUUAAAAAUUUAAAUAUGUAACAUUAUUUUAUUGAACAUUGAAGGACAAGACUGACUUAUAAUAUAAAGUUAAAGAACUUGAGUAAGAUUUAUAUCAAUAAUAAAAAUUAAAUGCUUCCAUUUGCCAAGAUUUAUUAGAAGCUAGACAAAAAUAUUAAGUAAACUAUAAUAUUAUUAAAUAAGGAAUUACAAAGAAAAUUAGAUCAUUAGACCUAAAAUAAAUAUGAUAAAACAUUCUAUGCACUCUAUGAUCAAAAUAUCAAAGAAAAACUUUAAUAAUUACAUACAAUCUACUAAAUUGACAAAUCUUAGAAAUCUAAAUCUAUUAAUAACUAAAAGUAAAAGUUAACCAUUAUGACUGAACCCUGUGAUUCUGAUUCUUAUUAUGGCAGAUAUGGAAAUAUUACAGAAAAAAGUAAUUCCUUUUAUGGCAGAAUUAGUAACAAAAAUAAAUAAAAUCAGACAAUCGAAAGUAUAUUUAAUUUAUAAUUUAUUUAGCCAUCACAUCACUUGGAACUGAUUACAAUAAUGUAUCUGAUUCCUUUUCAUGUCUUUUAAAUAAUAGCUUUUAUAACAAAAGAGAUAAAUCUAUUAGUCUCUCUAUUGAUUAAUCCUUAGAACGUUAUAAAAAUCUCAAACAUGUAUACAAAUAAGGACUUCCUAACAACUCUAUUAAAUGCAAGAAAUAAACUUAAUUUAGUUGA